GGAUUUCAGAGGUUUGUGUCAGGGGCGAUGUGCUUUUACUUUGAAGGAUGUUUUUCCUAACCGGAAGUAGCACGGCUCACACUCUGGAGCUUGAAGAGGAAGACGGACUGCGCUCGACUGACAGUCCUCACUCACGUCCGCAGACUGUCUGUAAGUCUCCGCCUCCUCAGCUGCUUCUUCACUUUCUCACUUUGUUUCUUGUCUCAAUUAUCUGAACUGUGUCACCAUGAGCGGUCGCGGGAAAGGAGGCAAAGGACUCGGUAAAGGAGGCGCCAAGCGUCACCGGAAAGUUCUCCGUGAUAACAUCCAGGGAAUCACCAAACCCGCCAUCCGCCGCCUGGCUCGCCGCGGCGGCGUCAAGCGGAUCUCCGGUCUCAUCUACGAGGAGACCCGCGGUGUGCUCAAGGUCUUCCUGGAGAACGUGAUCCGUGAUGCCGUCACCUACACCGAGCACGCCAAGAGGAAGACCGUCACCGCCAUGGACGUGGUCUACGCCCUCAAGAGGCAGGGACGCACUCUGUACGGCUUCGGAGGUUAAAGAGACCCGAGACCCACCCACCCC